AUGCUUGAUGAGAUUAGGACGGUUGGCCAAAUGUUGGUACGGUGGAGCCUGCUGACGCGCCAUUCGAGGGCUUCGUGCCAACCUUGUUCGGGUCAUCAGUGCUCUCGGCCACAGCCAAACACUUCUCACGAAUUACUGGAUCCCCUGCGAAACCGAUUCAGCUUGAAGACGUGUGUUUCACUUUCGAAAAAUUGCCUUUACCUUCAUUUUAGCUUAAUUUUGAUUAGAAAAAAAAGCUUUCUCUUCUAAAAAAUAGUACAAUUCACUUUUCUCUUCUGAAAAUUCCAUACGUCUUAAAAAAAUUGAAAUGAACGAGAAAAAUUAAAAAUCUGUUUCAAGAAUUUCAGUCUAACUAACAAAAAAGAAAUGCAAAAUUAAGAAUAGAUGCCAAGUUUUUUUGCAAAUAUAAUAUAAAUAAAAACGUUGUCGAUUAUUAUGUUGAAUACGCAGUGAGCGGACUGGAUGCACGAAGGUAGAAAAAAAACAGAGGCGCAAUAUCACUUCUUUUUUCAGCAAGCGAACCUGUGAAUUGUCGUUUUUUUCCAUUCUCUCUUUUCAUUCUCAUUCAAGUUUUGACAUUAUUUUAUUGUAUGAGUCUCGAAACUGUUCUAGUACAAUUCUAAAAAUGAAAAACUAUAACUCUUACAUAUGAAAAGUAAAUUCCCGUUUUUUUAUGCGCUCGAAAACGAACUAACGAUGAGCUGGAAGUUUGAACACAGCUAUAUUUAGUGAAUUUUUCCAGAGUUUUUUUGACAGAUAUUUUGGUUGCAGGGAAAAUUGAUGUUGAUUUCAAAAAGAAAAAUUCGGGUUUUUGCGAGGGGCUGAAUUUCGAAAAAAAGUUUGCUUUUUUUAAAAUUUCAAUGGUACAAAAAUCUUUCGAAAAAAACAGCAAAAAUUUUUAUGAAAACUCUGGAUGAAACACAACCCGGCGUCACAAUCGGUGAGUUUUGCGAUUCUUGAAAAACUCUCUGUCAACUUUUUUUGCAUUUUAACUUCGCACCAGCAUUGAAAAAAAGAGCUUUAUCGUGAAACUAAAUUUCGACUGAGUUAGAAUUUUUUUCAAUAUCUUUUACUUGAUUUACCAAGUUUUGUUAUUUCGCCUUUUUUUCCCUCUGUUUUUUUAAUUUUUUUGUAAACUCAAACUUUCAUCUCAAAAGUUUCGUUACCCCAAAAAAUGUUUUCUUUUGGUUUUGAGUAAAAAUUAUACGUGUUAUGAUGUUUCGAAGUCAACAUUUGUUUUUUCGGAUCAAGCAAAGAGAGAAGAAUUGUAAUUUCAUAUUCAAACACUACUUUAACUACUAAAACUCUGUUUUAGGCAUGGUUCUUAGUGGAAGCAAGAACGGCCUGCCAUCCACUCUGGGAAAACCUAACGGGGAUUUCGAAAGAGCCGAUGUCCACCAAUAGGCAAAGCGCGGAGGCGUGGCAUCGCUGGAACCACCCAGUUUUCUGUAGACGUGCGCGAGUCGGUCAGCCUCGUUAGCGCGGCUUGUUGCCUUGUUAUCGGGCUCGUUAGCCGAAUCUUGAUGGCGGUUCAUCAACCGCAACAGCAGCAGUUCGGCUGUGGCUUCGCCGGUGAUUUUGUCACGGCGACACGAGCCGACUACGUGACUUCGCAAGACUUUGAGUGUCGCAGCGCCGAGCUCACGGCCAUCGGCUCUGCUGACGUCGAGGAGCCGACGGCCGGACGCUUCGUCCCCACGACGCGAAUCAACGACGACGAGGAGUUCAUUUAUGCCUCCCAGCCAAUCAAGGUAUGCUUCGUGUCGUUUCGCGUCGUGUUAUCACUUGAAAAAGAAAAACAACGCUAUAGAUUUGGUUUGAGAUCCUUCUGUAAAUCUGUGCAUAUGACUAUCGGAGGAAAUAGAUUCUAUUUGUUAUCAUGAACUAAUGAAUUUCACAUAGAAAUUCAGACUUCUGAGAAAACUCAUUCAACUUUUUGGUAGUGAAAAAAUCGAGGUAAAAUACGAACUCUUAACUGUUUAUAUCUCGAAGUUUUCCGAAUGAAACUCAAUUUGGACAAGAUGGAUCUUUUUCUUUGAUAUCAAUUGAAAAUGAUGUUCAAGUUGUUUCAUUUUUUAGUUACCUUGUUCAAUUUUUUCUCUCUUAUUUUGUCUCCGAAUCAUUCAUACUCAAAUUAGAGAUAAGUAUAUUUUUUUACUCAGUUUUUCAUUCAUUUUAAGUAAAGGAAUUUUUUUUUUUCAUCUAGAAGGCUUAAAGAACCAAAGUAUGAAAUUGACGAUUUUUGUUGUUACCCGCAAUAUAACUAGUUUUGAAAGAAUUUCACCGCCCCUUUAAUCAUUUUGCAGCAAACGCUAAAUACAAAGAAUUUUUUUAUAAAGAGACUUUUUGAAAAUUUGGUGCCAAAAAAAAUUUCACCAACGAUUCGGGUGUACUGGAACUGGAUCUUCACAUUUCCCACAAAGAUAUAGUUCAAUACAUAUUUUUUUAAAAACUACUUUGCCAACGUGUUUCUUUUUUUGCUUCCCAAAUUUCCGACAAGAAAAAAAUUUCCAAAAGAUUUGCACUGCUGAGAAAAAGCUCAGCGACACUCCAGACUUGUCCAGCGUAUCAGUUUGGUUGUUGAAUGCGGCCUAAUUGCUUUAUUCUCCGGAUUUCGUCCAGGCUCGGCCUCGGCUCCUGUUGUUAAUCACUGGCUGUUCAUGAGCUUACGGUGUUUGCAGCUCGAAUGCGACGUCUGCUCGAGUUGCGACUUGCCCAUACAGGAACGCGUCCUCCUUACUGUUAAUGGAAGGUUUGUCUCAAAAUAAUUCUAGUCUUUUUUUGAGUUUCCUUUUUUGAGUUUUUUUAUUCCGAGUUUAAACUUUUUCUUAAAAAUUAUACAUUUUUUUCCUCCAACAUUUUUUUCAUCAAAGACCUGACUGCAAACGCCGGCUGCAGUUUACUUCAGAACCGUUUUUUUGAAGAUUUACAUUUCUCAUCGAAAAAAAGCUGAAGUAUUUUUUUUUUAUCAUUACUAAUUCAGUUAAUAUGAUAAACUCACUUCUUUGAUUGAAAGCGUUUAUUGAACUCUCAUUCGCUAGAAACUGAACUAUUGACUCCAAAUUUAUGGUUCCGUUAUUAAUAACCUGACUUUUUCAAGAUAUUUUUUUCUUAUAUAUUUGCAGAACGUGGCACGAACAAUGCUUACGAUGUGCUUCCUGCUCGAAAUCCCUGAACAGCCAGCCUUCUUGCUAUUACAAAGAUUCUAACUUUUUCUGCAAGCAGUGUUAUUCUAGGUUUGUUCAAGAAAUUAUUUUCCGAAAUUUUUCUGUUAUUCUAAAAGCACAAAAAGAUUUACCACUAAAAACAGAUGUUGACUGUAAAUAUGAAGCUUUCAAAGUAAGGGGCCAUUAAUUGAAAAUCGGCCGCUGCCGAUGUUAAUUCGAGAAGUCGCAGUCUGUUGCGCAUCGUCCUUUGGGACUUGGAGACAGCAAAUGUUGAUUGUGUCCUUUUUUCCUACCGUGUACUGUAACGGGCGAAUCAAAGCCUACAAACAGGGAAAUGUGUCAAAACGAAUUACUAUAAUAGUUGUUCAACGAACAAUUGUUUUUCAGUACUUUGAUAAAAGUUUUCAGUACUUUGAUAAAAAGUUAAGUGAGGGAUGGAUUUUGGAUUUUUUUUUUCUCUAUACUUUUUGUACGUGGUAUUUUUUGCUGUACAACUAGCCAUUAGUUUUUUUAUUAUGUCUAAAUAAUUUUUUGCGGCUCUUUUUCCGGAAUUAUUAUAAUAAAAACGAGAGUUAGGAAAUAUUCUUUUUGUUCGAUUUUCCUAAAAACACAACGAUUUCGACUCCUCUAAAAAAAUAAAUAGAUGGUUUUUUUCUGAUUAGCACCCUGAGAAAUCUCCAGCUCACAGCUGUCAAACGGUUGUCCAUUACGCAACCCUCGAUGGUUACCAGCUAUUACAGUAGCCCAAACGACAUCCACCUAGUUAUUAUAAGAUUUGCGCGAUAUGCUUGCGAAUUAGUCUCUAUUGCACGCUAUCGCAGAACCCUCGGCUCAAAACGAAGUUUCCAGCUUCGCUUGCGUUGCCAAACUCAAUCAAAACUUUGCCUCAAAACUCUCUGAGUCCUUUAUUCUGAGAAAAGACUACCGAAGGCACAAAAAAUCAGUUCAAGUCACUCAAGCUCGCAUAUAUGAGACCCUCAAACUUUUUUAUCUGAAAAUUUGAAAAGAUCAAUGAAAAUUUCCCGUCACACAACUAUGCUCUGAAUUUUUUGUUAUUUGAUGUAUAGUGAAAAGUUUCCCAAAGAUGACAUUUUUCGUCAAAAACAAGAAUUUCCAAUUUUGGGAUUUCUCAUGACUUGAUUGAAACCUUUUCUAGUCUUCUGGAAACCACGUGGAAGUUUUUUUUCGAAAUGGUUCAGAUCGAGUUGAGAUGUUGACUAGAAAAAGGUGAAGUUGAAGAUGAAACUAUCCCACGUUCUUGCGUAGAUGUUUCGAAAAAAGAUGACUCAUUAGAUCUUUUAACCAUGAAAAGUGAUAAUCAAAAAAAUCUUCCGCUAAAAUUUUCAAGGUAGCCAGAGUGUGUCUAUCAAACCUUCCGGUUAAACAUUGAAAAGCUCUGGAAGUCAUCGAAGAUGCUGGAAAAAUGUCGAGCCUCAAAGUAGUCCAAAAAUUUUUUCGGAUAGUUUUGUGGUAAUUUCGUAUUUUUUGACUUCCGUUUUCUUGUUUUCAAAGUUUUGAUGGCUUGAAAAUCGAUAGUUCAAAAGAAAGGAGUCGUGAGGCGAAGAAAGGAGUUAUCGUGGCCGGUGGUGCAUCCGAUAACUGGGUUAUGCCUUAUGCGCUUUGUGCUCUCCUUACGGCUCCUCGGGAGGAAGAAGCCACAAAGUGAAUAAAUCCUCGAAUUCGUUUAUUUCGGCGUCGGACCGCCUCGCGAGCACGCGCAAAAUGUUGCAAACAAGCGCAACACUUGUAAGACACGGGGAAUCGGCAAAAAAGAGGUCUGUCGUCGGAUUAGAAGGCCGUCAAGAGUAUCCAGAGACUUCCUUUUGACAGAUGGCUUUCCGGCGGCAUCUGAGAUCUGCCGUUUGUCGGCCUCUUUCAAUUCACUUCAUUGUUUCUUUAACAUCAGGUCGUUCAUGUCGGGAGAAUCAAGUUAUGAUAUACAGGGUAGCUCGAAGCUUCUAAAAAUCUUGAACUCAGAGAGAUUUCUCCAAGAAACAUUUGUCAAGCCUGCUUGACUUUCGUUUUUCUGUCUACAACAGUGCUUUGGCUCUUUCUGACCUAGUCAUUUGAAAAAACUGAUUAGUAUUCAAAAACACUGUACUUCAUGAGACAAUGUACAGCGCCUUUCAGAAAAUAAUGAUAUAAACCUUGAAGUUCAAGGCUAACCGCAAAAAUUACCACAUAAAAUAAAACUUUUUCAAUAGUUCUCGAUUUUUUUUUAUUGUUCUAGAGACUUUUUCCUGCAAGUUAUGUAUUAUCAUAAUUUUUCGUUUUUUUGAAAAAAACUUCUCUAUUCUCUUUUUUUCUCUUCAAAAAAAUCAAGAAUAUUGUUUAUGUAAUAAUAAGAUUUUUCUUAGUUUUUCCGGAUGCUUUUUUUGACUUGAACUACUUGCAUAGCCUGAGAAUUUCAAGACUUAAUAUUUGAAAAAAAUUUCCUCCAUAGUUUUCUUUUUUUCAUUAAUUUUUUUAAAUUUUUCUCGUAUGGUGGCCUGAAAGGUAUUCACUUUUUGAGCUUCACUGAAAAUAUGUAUAUCUGCGUAAAGAGAAGUUUCAAACAUUAUAACAGUUUCAGACGUCCUUGUAUAUAAGAAGUAAUUAGUAAAACUUGGACUACGAAAACUUGUGUAUUUCGAGAUUUUUUUUAUAGUCCAUAGUCAAUUUUUUGAGUGAAAGAAAUUUAUACGAUCGCAUCUCCCUUCAUGAAUUUCUUGAAAAUAAAAAACUGGAAAACGUAUUCCUCACUGAAAAAUCAUGUUUUGUUCGAAAAGGGGUUACGCAAACAUUCUCAUUACAGGCAGUUUGGAACAAAGUGUUCUUCGUGCGAGAGAGUUAUACAAUCCACAGACUGGGUUCGAAGAGCGCGGUCUUUUGUGUUUCACCUUGCCUGCUUUGCUUGUGAUCAGUGUAAAAGGUUAUUCAGAAUUUAUCAAGUUGUUAAAAGUAUAUUUUUUCAAUUUGAUUUCUUUCAUGCAUUUUCACUCAGUAUCUACGUUUGUUUUCAGACAACUGAGCACGGGAGAAGAAUUCGCUCUACAAGAAGGUCGACUUCUGUGCAAGCAACAUUUCGUGGAGUUAGUAGAAGGCGAGAGCGGCGUUGGUCAGCAGAAACAGAAAACGAAACGCGUCCGCACCACUUUUGCAGAAGAGCAACUCAGCGUCUUACAGGUCAUUUUAUAACUUAUUUCCUAUAAUUCUCACUAAAACUCGUCGGAAGUUCAAACCGAAUUCAAUCAAAAUAAUAAGGUUCGGCUGCAAACGAGAUUUUCUUCAGGCACAUUUCCAAAUCGACAGUAAUCCAGACGGCGCCGACCUCGAAAGGAUUGCCAACAUGACCGGUCUCAGCAAACGAGUGACUCAAGUUUGGUUUCAGGUAAGAAUAAAAGAACUUCGAAUAGAUGAUAUCCUCGGUUUCAGAACUCCAGAGCGCGGCAAAAGAAGUAUCAAGGUAACAGGAAAGGGACCUGCGGAGGUGCUUCUGGCGAGGAAACUGAAGGAAGCCGAAGAUCAUCAGAAGGUCCUCUCAGUCCAGGCCAAAAGUCGGAGACGAGUAGUGAUGGGCUUAUGUACCCAACUUCCGUCACAACAAGGUUAGUUCUAGUUUUCAAAUUUUUAAAGCUUUUCAUACUCAGCGCCGAAGAAGCCAUGACGGAAUCGACCGUGGCGUUAACGAGUCUUCAGUUCGAUUAG